AUGCUUAAAUUAUUGGUUGUGCUCGUUGUCAUUCCCGAGAUUGCUCUCGCUAUCACUUGUAACACAACUGACACAUUCCCGAAUUCAACAGCAUCGCAUUUUCAUCACUACUCGUGCCUUCAUGAUUUGCCAAAUGGAUCUCUGAUAAUAUCAUCGAUGAACAUAACGCAUGAUGCAAAUUAUCACUAUCCACUUGACUUAAGUCGAACGCUAUCGCUCACAAUGACAAUGAACAACACUGCUCUUAAGGUGACGAAAGUGCUGUUGGAUAUUGAAAUUUAUGUGUGGGAGCCGCUCGAAAGCGGUGAUUGCGGAUGGGAAGCGUUCCCAACAUUCGGAUUCACUGAGGAUUUAGAUGGUUGUGAAAUGAUGGAAUGUCCACUGGAGAAGGGUGUCAUUCGAAAUUUCACGAUGAACGUCGACAUGCGCGAUGGUGCAGCGUUCCUUGACAAUGGGAAAUUAUAUCAGUUGAGAAUGAUCAUUAAAAAUGGCGAUCGACCGAAGAACGUACGUCUCGCCGACUAUGAGCCUCCACUACUCGGAUGUACAGUAAUGCAGGCAACGAUUUUGUGA